CCCCUUUUCCGCUCCCUGUUCCUCGGAAGCAGCCCAGGGAAAAGGGAAAAAGCAGGCUGCAGUCAGCCGCCAGCCAGAGCCCCCCCACCCGGCCCCACCGCCGGCCAGAGCCAGGAGCCCAGGUGUGGUGGAGAACUUCAGCUACAGGAUGUUGACAACAUUGCUGCCACUGCUGCCUCUGCUGUUCCUGCCCGGCUGGGCCCUCUGUAGCCAGAAAGUCUCAGAUGGCCCGCGGGACCUCCGCAUGCUCCAGGUCUCCUACUUCCGCAGCCCCUCUCAAGUGUGGUACCAGGGCAACGCGACGCUGGGGGGUAUUCUGACCCACGUGCUGGAAGGUCCAGGCCACAAUGUCACGAUCCAACAGCUGCAGCCCUUGCAAGAGCCGGAGAGCUGGGAACUCACAAAGAACAGCCUAGAGGCUUACCUGAAGGAGUUCCAGGGUCUGGUGCAGGUGGUGCACCAAGAGCGGGGCGUGGCCUUUCCUCUCAUCGUUCGCUGCUUGCUGGGCUGCGAGCUGCCUCCUGAGGGGUCCAGAGCCCGAGUCUUCUUCGAAGUGGCUGUGAAUGGGAGCUCCUUCAUGAGUUUCCAGCCAGAGACGGCCUCAUGGAUGGCAAGGCCUCAGGCGGCCUCCAGAGUGGUCACCUACACCGUGGAGCAGCUCAACAAGUACAAUCGUACUCGGUACGAACUGCGGGAAUUUCUGCAGGACACCUGUGUGCAGUACGUGCAGAAACACAUCACCACGCAUAACUUGAAAGGAAGCCAAACAGGCCGCUCCUACACGCCACUGGUCCUGGGCAUCCUGGUGGGCUGUUUCAUCAUCGCAGGAGUGGCUCUAUGCAUCUUCCUGUAUGUAGGUGGACGGCGGCGAUGUUAAUUACUCACUGGCUCCCUCUGGAAAAGAGCUACACGGACGGGGGUCUGGCAAGGGAAGAUCUCAGCUCACUGCCAAACCACAGCAAUUUCCCCAUCUAGGACAUUAUAUUCUAGAAGACUUGGGGUGGCAGUUCAUUUCUUCUCCAAGAUGUGCCCACCAAGAAUUUGAGGGAGGGGAGAAGAGGAGCCUAGGUAAACAGGGUACUUGGUUUGCUAAGAACCUAAGAACUUACAUGCUUUGCUGAAUUAGUCUGAGAAGUGAAUGCAUCUCCAUAUUCGUGGAAAAUAGAGGAUGGAGUUGGGGCAAUGGGGGUGGUCCAUGGCCCAUCUACCAAAGACAGAAACACCUGAGGCCUUCAAAAGACCUAGCCAAAUAAAACAAGUCUUCCACAACCCAAGUAACCAAUAUUCAGCGACUCCAGGUAUGUCAGACUUAGGUCGGGACACUGGUACAAUAAAGGUAGAAUUAACCAGAGAAAUGAUCGAAGGGUAAAAUCCAAGUAACAUGGGAGCAAGGAGCUGUUCAUCAAUCAUUAAUAAUAUUAUUAAAAUUACAAUGUUAUUAAAAUAUAAAUUCCUUA